GUCGGGAGCGGUUCUCGGGGCGAGCGGCGCGCUCGGACGUUCGGCAGGCGCCUCGGAGGCCGGCGUGCGGCCCCCCUACCCCCCGGGGGCGGAGGGGCCGGGUCGGUAGCGAGGAACUCGGCGGCGGGGGCCGCCCUGCCCCCAAGCCCCACGCCCCGUCGGCCCGCCGGGCGGAAGCUUCCCGGGAGCGCCUCACGGCCGCGCGAUGGCGACCGCCGCGGAGACCGAGGCCUCUUCGACGGACGCGAGCUGGGAGAGCGGCGGCGGCGGCGACGACGGGAUGAAGCCUGCGCUUCCGGAGCUUGAGUCCUCUCCACAAGAUGGCGGCGGCGGCUCCUCCACCACCUCCACCGCGGAGCUCGGCGGCGGCGGCGGCGCGGGGCCCGAGGAGACCGCGGCAGCCGAAGCCGCCCGGAGCCACGGCCACGAGCAGCCUCAGCACACCUCCGAGGCGCCCGCGGCCGCUCUCCCCAAAGGCGCCGAAGAGCCGGAAAGGCCUGUUAGGCGGAGUUUUCAGAUCCCCAGGAAGAGCAGAGAAAAGAAAGCACUUUUCCAGCAAUUAACUCCAGGUUCUAGAGAAUUUGAAGAUGUUUUAAAUAUUCUCCAUUCAUCUUACCUUGAGCCAUCCUCAGUAACAAAUUUUAACUAUAGACGAGCUUGCUUGAUACAUAAUGACCUUUUGGAAAAAGAGUUUACAGAAAAGAGAAGAGAACUGAAGUUUGAUGGUCGUUUGGAUAAGGAACUUUCAGAAUCUUACGCAUUUCUCAUGGUUGAUCGAUACCAGGUUCAAAGCAUAUGUGAAAAAGGAUUGCAGGUGGGCCAGUCCAAAAUAACUAUUCUGGGCAGUCCUUCCAUGGGUGUAUACCUGUGUAGAUAUGCAGAUCUCUUACAGGCUAAUCCUUUGGAAGCUGGGGCAGUGGGUGAUGUUGUUAUUUUUAAAAUAAUGAAGGGUAAAAUAAAGAGUGUUUAUGAUCCUCUGAGUGUAAAAAGCUUGGAACCUAUGUUAAGUAAAAAUGCUUUGGAUCCUACACCAAAGCAUGAAUGUCAUGUGUCUAAAAAUGCCAGUAGAAUUACAUCCCUUUUGGCUUACAGAGCCUAUGAGCUUACUCAGUAUUAUUUUUAUGAGUAUGGCUUUGAUGAACUAAGACGGAGACCAAGACAUGUUUGUCCAUAUGCAGUUGUGUCUUUUACUUACAAAGAUGAUAUACAAACUCCAAAGUUUGUGUCUUCACUGAGAUCUAACAGCUUUAAUGCAGAUAGAAACAUAGAAAAAUUUAACUACACCUUGUGGAAAGGACAACUUUUGAAUAAAGGAAAGCUUCUAUGUUAUAUUUCUUUGAGGUCGGCCACUCGUGCCUUUUUGCCUGUCAAGCUUCCUGAGAAGUUAGAUGUUGAAACAGUUAUGAGUAUUGAUUGUUUGAAACAGAAAAUUCCUCCUGCAUUGCUUUAUAAAGACACAUACUUGGGUCCUAAUGAAGUUUUAAAGAAUGGGAUGUAUUGUAGCCUUUAUGAAGUUGUCGAAAAGACAAGAAUUGGAAGUAACAUGGAGUGUUUACUGCAAAAACUGGAGAAAGAAAAACUUGUUCUUGUAAAACCUUUAGGAGACCGAGGAUACCUUUUUCUUCUUUCUCCUUACCAGAUGAUUUCUCCAUAUGAACAUCAGACUGUCAAGUCUCGAAUCCUACAUGCUUUGUUUCUGUUUCAAGAACCUAGAUGCCUAAUUAUCACACAGAAAGGUGUAACGAAUCCAGCACCACAGGAGAAACAUGAGAGCAUAUCAGAUAUAUUAAAAAUAACUCAGUUUUUACAGUUUGCUUUAAUUCAGUGUCGAAAAGAAUUCAAAGAUAUAAACACUAUAAAUUUUCAUUCUGUUGUUGAGAAGUACGUAAGUGAAUUUUUUAAGCGAGGUUUUGGUUCAGGUAAACGGGAAUUUUUCAUGUUUUCAUACGAUUCACGAUUAGAUGAUAAAAAAUUCCUAUACUCAGCACCAAGAAAUAAAUCUCAUAUUGACGACUGCUUACAUACCUACAUUUUUCAGCCAGAAAUGUAUCAGUUACCUAUUUUUAAAUUAAAAGAGUUAUUUGAAGAAAAUCGAAAACGUCAACAAUUUAGUCCACUUUCAGAUUAUGAAGGUCAAGAAGAAGAAAUUAAUGGUUCAAAAAUGAAAUUUGGAAAACGAAAUAGCUCAAGGGGAGAAACUACUGAACCUGUACAGCAGAAGUCAUCUCAUUCUUUAGAUUAUGAUAAGGAUAGAGUCAAAGAAUUGAUUAAUUUAAUUCAAUGUACAAAAAAAAAUGUGGGUGGGGACCCAGAUACAGAAGAUCCUAGAAGCAAAAGUGUCUUGAAGAGGAAGCUUGAGGAUCUACCUGAAAAUAUGAGAAAGUUCGCCAAAACCAGCAGUUCAUCUGAUAAUUAUCAUCUAUAUGAAGAGUCUCCACAAUCCAUUGGCUUACUUGGACAUGAUCCUAACUUGAGACUGCAGCAAGAAGAGGCAUGUAACACUGGAGACGUCCACAAGCUUUAUAAUUGGUUAUCAGAAGCACUAGCAAAUGCACGACACUCAGAUGCAUUCCUGACAGAUACAGUCAACAAGGCCUUAGGAUUGAGUAGCAGUGGUACCUGUGAAGAGCUAAGACAAAAGUGUGAAUAUGAGUUGAAUCCUGCCUUAGAUAAAAAAGACUGUGAGCAGCAUACUUGUACAAAAAUUGAAAACGUCCAUUUUAAGGGUGCUCAGAGCCCACUGCUAGAAGUUGAUGCAGCAUCUGUACAGUACCCUACUCUUCUUUCUACCAGUGAGGAUCCACAUUUAAUUAAUGUCAAUAAUUUUGAAGAGUGCAGCCUCUGUCCCACUGUUUCCAUUGAGCAUGGAUUCCGUACGCAACAUUCUAAGUCAAAUGAUGAAGAAGAGACAGAAAUACAUUGGAAAUUGAUUCCAAUUACAGGAAUGAAAUCACCAGGAGAACAACUGGUGUGUCUACCACCAGCGGAAGCCUUUCCUAAUGACCCUCGGGUAAUAAAUAGAGAAAGAAGUUCCGAUUACCAGUUUCCAUCCUCUCCGUUUACAGACACUGUAAAGGGCACCACUGAGGAGGACCUGUUGACAGGUCAAGUGGUGACAGUGGAAGAGCAGUGUGUGCCAGCAGCAGAGCCUCCUACAGUGAGCGAAACCACAGAGAACACAGUGUUAGGAGAGUUCCAUCUCUUUUCUAGAAAGAUAGAAGAGAUUCUGAAGCAAAAGAAUGUUUCAUAUGUUAGUACAAUUUCCACACCUAUUUUUUCAGCACAAGAGAAGAUGAAUCGCCUUUCUGAGUUCAUAUAUUCUAAGACUUCAAAAGCUGGUGUACAGGAAUUUGUAGAUGGUUUGCACGAAAAACUGAAUACUAUUAUUAUUAAAGCAUCAGCUAAGGGUGGGAAUUUGCCACCAGUAAGUCCUAGUCAUUCUCAUACAACAGCAUUGACUCCUCUGGGAAGGCAUGUUGUAUCCAUUUCCUCAAGUGACUUCAGCAGUAAAGACCUUUUUGAGCCACUGUGUCCUGAACCUUUGAAAGAUAACAGUUCUAAUGAGCAGUAUUCCUCUUCGCUUCAAAUAGAAAUGAACCAGCCACACCACUGCAAGGAGUUCAUGUUGACUUCUGAUCACACUGUACCUGGUGAUACUGCCCUGGAACCAGUAGAAAAAGAAAUAACAAAAUCACCCAGUGAUAUAAACAUUUCUGCACAGCCAGCUCUUUCAAAUUUUAUAAGCCAGUUAGAACCUGAAGUAUUUAAUAGUUUGGUUAAAAUAAUGAAAGACGUCCAGAAAAAUACUGUGAAAUUUUACAUUCAUGAAGAAGAGGAAAGUGUGCUUUGCAAAGAAAUAAAGGAGUAUCUUACCAAAUUAGGCAAUACAGAAUGUCACCCAGAUCAGUUUUUGGAAAGAAGAUCAACCUUAGAUAAACUAUUGAUUAUUAUUCAAAAUGAAGACAUUGCAGAUUUCAUUCACAAGGUACCUGGCUUGGUGACUUUAAAGAAGCUCCCAUGUGUUAGUUUUGCUGGUGUUGAUAGCCUAGAUGAUGUUAAAAAUCAUACAUACAAUGAGUUAUUUGUGUCCGGUGGCUUUAUUGUGUCUGAUGAAUCAAUUCUAAAUCCAGAGGUUGUCACAAUUGAGAGCCUGAAAAAUUUUUUGACAUUCCUUGAAGAACUUAGUACUCCAGAAGGGAAAUGGCAAUGGAAAAUCCACUGUAAAUUCCAGAAGAAACUGAAGGAAUUGGGCAGAUUGAAUACUAAAGCUCUGAGUCUGCUGUCUCUUCUAAAUGUAUAUCAGAAGAAACAUCUGGUUGAGAUUUUGUCAUAUCACACUUGUGAUUCACAAACUCGAAAU